AUGAGGAUGGUGCUGCUGCUGCUGCUGCUGCUGCUGGCGGAGGGGCGGCGGGCGGCCGUGCUGCGGCUGGGGCUGAGGGGCAGCCCCCGCGGGGAGGUGAGCCCGGCUUUCCUCUCCCUCACCCUGGACGCCAGCCUGGCCCGGGACCCGCGCUAUGUCGCCUUGCUCAGCAAUCCCAAACUGCGUGCCCUGGCGACGGCCCUGUCUCCAGGUUUCCUGAGGUUUGGCGGCACCGAGACAGAUUUUCUCAUCUUUGAUCCCAACAAGGAUUCAACUUUAGAAGAAAAAAUCAUCUGGGAACUUCAGGCCCAGCAAGCUUGUGGCUCAAGGCCUGCGUUCGCUGCCGUUGAGAAGCUACUGCUGGCCCAGUGGCCCAGCCAGGAGAAGUUGAUUCUUGCCGAGCACAACCGAAAAAAGCACAAAAACACCACCAUUACAAGAAACACGCUGGAUAUUCUCUACAGCUUUGCAAACUGCUCAGGGUUUCACCUGGUCUUCGGGCUCAACGCCUUGCUGCGGAAGGAUGGCUUGCGGUGGGACAGCUCGAACGCCCGAGCGGUGCUGGACUACUGCGCCUCGAGGAGGUACAACAUCUCCUGGGAGCUCGGGAACGAGCCCAACAGCUUCAGGAAGAAAUCUGGCAUCUACAUCGACGGCUUCCAGCUGGGACAAGAUUUUAUUCACUUACGCCAACUUCUGAGUAAUUAUAGCUUCUACCGGCACGCCAAGCUCUACGGUCCCGACGUCGGGCAGCCCCGAAAGCACACGCAGAGACUGCUGAGAAGCUUCUUGAAAUCGGGAGGGAAGGUGAUCGACUCUGUCACUUGGCACCAUUACUAUUUGGACGGACGAAGUGCAACGAGGGAGGAUUUCUUGAGCCCUGAAGUGCUGGAUACCUUUGCCACAGCUGUACACGAAGUCCUGGAGAUCGUUGGUGGGACCGUGCCUGACAAGAAGGUCUGGCUGGGAGAGACGAGCUCUGCCUAUGGAGGGGGAGCUCCCAGGCUGUCCAACACUUAUGUUGCUGGCUUUAUGUGGUUGGACAAACUCGGGCUUUCAGCCAGGCAGGGGAUUGACGUGGUGAUGAGACAGGUUUUCUUCGGGGCGGGGACCUAUCACCUGGUGGAUGCCAACUUUGAGCCUUUGCCGGACUACUGGCUCUCGCUGCUCUACAAGAAGCUGGUGGGUACCAAGGUGCUACAGGUCAGCCUGGCCGGAGCCGACAAGAGGAAGCUCCGCGUCUACCUCCACUGCACGAACGCCCUCCACCCAAAGUACAGAGAAGGGGACGUGACGUUGUUUGCCUUAAACCUCUACAACGUUACCCAACAUUUGCAGCUACCGAAUUACUUAUCGAGCAAGCAUGUGGAUCAGUACAUCUUACUGCCUCGUGGCAAAGAGAGUAUACUUUCCAGGUCUAUUGAGCUGAACGGCCGUGUGCUACAGAUGGUGGAUGACAAAACGCUGCCAGAGCUCAUCGAAAAACCCCUCGGUCCCGGCAGCGUACUUGGCCUUCCAGCCUUCUCUUACGGCUUUUAUGUUAUCAAAAACGCCAAAGCGAUUGCUUGCAUUUAA